AUGUUGCAGGUGUUUUGGCCCGCUUUGGUCAACGAGAUUUGUCAACCAGUUACACUAAUAAAUACUACUUCAGGAUUGAGAGUCAGCCAUUCCGUGCAACAGACAAUAAAACAUUUGCCUUCCAGUCCCAUCAUUACUGUCUCAGGUGAGGUAAAGGAAGGGACCCCUGUCAGUUUGAACUGCUCUGCUGUCGCUCCCUGUCCCGAACACCCCCCUGAGCUGACAUGGACUCUCCCAAAACAGUUCACAACUGAGAACCAAUUGCAGGAGACUCCAGACCAAACCAAAUCAGUUCUCUCCACGGUGACCUUCACUCCGUCAUAUUUUCAUCAUGAGAAGAACAUCACUUGUACUGCAGUCUACCCAGUAGGGACAAGCAACAAGACAACUGAACAUAACAUGAUGCUUAACGUUUCAUUCUCUCCUAAGGACACCUCAGCCUCCAUCAGUCCAGCUGAUCCAGUAUUAGUGGGCAGCUGUGUUAAUCUGACCUGCAGCAGUACAGCCAACCCUCCUGUGACAACCUUCACCUGGUUCCAGAUCAGUGGAGAUAAACCAACACAGGUAGCAUCUGGACAGAGUUACACCCUCAAUGUGACUGUUGGUGAUGGAGGACUGUACUACUGUGAAGCAAGAAAUAAUAAAAAAUGCAUCUCAGCGCAAGAGGCGUCACUACAGUCCCUGGUUUGAUUCCAGGCUGUUUCACGUCCGGCCAUGAUUGGGAGUCUCAUAUGGCGGCACACAAUUGGCCCAGCUUUGGCCGGGGUCCAGGGUUCAUCACCACCAUGAAUCUGUUUGGUAAAAGAAGAAGACAGCAUGACAUCACACCUCUGGACCCUGGGUUCUGUAUGGAGUAUAAGAUGGAGUCUCUGAC